GACAUGCUUAAAGCAUUUGAUAACUAUAAGGCAGUGGUGCUUUCCAUCAACCUGAGCAGCAAAGAAUUCCAGAAGGCAGACAGCACAGAGUUCAAAGAGCUUCAGAACAGGCUUCGGAAGGUGAACUUGCACUGGGAGAAAGUAACUCAUGUACUGGACAGCUGGAGGAAAGGUUUACAGCAAGCCCUACUGGACUGCCAGGCAAAGCCAAGUAAAAGCACUGCAAAAGUGUUGUGUGGUUUUUUUUUUUUUUUCUGUACAAUUCUGUUGUUUCUCUAGGACUUCCAUGAUCAGAGCCAAAAACUAAUCCUGUGGGUAGCAAGCACUGAUAGCCGAAGGAAUGAGGCACAAAUCACACAUCCAAAUGCUGACCCCAGUACAGCACUGGACUGCCAAAAGGAGCUAAAGCAGCUGGAGGAAGAGUUGCAGGAACAACAGCUUAAAGUAAACUCACUUCAUAACUCACUGCUUACCUGUGGCUUUAAAUCAGAUGGUGGUUGCAUUGAAGCUGAUGAGAAGGUCCAUGUAGUUGGAAGGAAACUGAAACAGCUUCUUGAACAAGUUUCACAUGACUUAAAGACAAUACCAGGAAAUCUGGUUAGAUACCAGAACAUUACUGCUGGUUCCAGAGCGCUGGAUUCGGCCGUCUAUAACCCAGUUGCAGCAGAAACCAGCCCUCCUGUGAAGAAGGUAACCAUAAGGAGAACUGCACAUGGCCGAGACAGCAGCAGCACAAGAGGUGAAAGCCAUCCAGAGCCUCGUUCUCCAUCCUUCUUUUACCGUGUAUUACUAGCAGCUUUACCUCUUCAGUUGUUCCUUCUACUGCUUUUACUUCUGGUUUCCAUGAUUCCAUCUUCUGAGGCAGACUUCAGCUGCACCAAGGCAAACAACUUUGCCCAUUCUUUCCAUCUCAUGCUACAAUACACCAAUGGGCCUCCACCAACUUAG